GGGAAAUAAAAAAGCACCAUCAUGAAAACAUAUGCAAUUCAAAGUCACCAAAGAACAUACUCUUCGUACGCAUUUGGAUACUUUCAAGCAUAAAUAGCUGGAGGUGUGAAAAUUGUAACAGUUAGCUAAACAACUGAAAUGAGAAUGGAAUACACUUCAAACUCUCUACUUCUACUUCUAGCGUUUCUGCUAUUUACAUCAGCAGGUGCUGACAAUAGUCCUGAUAGUCUAUGCAAAUCUUUGGUGGAGACAAAAGGCUAUGUUUGUGAAGAACAUAAAGUAACAACAAAAGAUGGUUAUAUUCUUGGCGUGCAGAGGAUUCCGGUGGGGAGGACUAAUAAGACGAAAGCAAAUAGGCCACCAAUUUUGUUACAACAUGGGCUUUUGGGGGAUGCUGCAACAUGGCUGCUCAAUUCUCCAAAUAAAUCUUUUGCAUUCAUCUUAGCAGAUAAUGGGUUUGAUGUGUGGCUUGGCAACAAUCGAGGGACAGUAUCUAGCCGUGGACAUACUUCACUUAGUGCUAAUGAUCCGGCUUACUGGGAUUGGACGUGGGAGCAAUUAGCCGGUGAUGAUCUUCCUGCUAUGUAUGACUAUAUACAUAUUCAGACAGGGCAGAAACUGUACUAUGUUGGGCAUUCCUUGGGAACUUUGCUUGCUUUUACUGCCUUUUCCCAAGAGAAGCUGGUGAACAUGACAAAAUCAGCUGCUUUGCUUGGCCCAAUUGCUUAUUUGGGCCAGUUGUCCUCGGUGAUUGGAAGGACUAUUAUCACUACGGCUGCAGUAAGACAAAUUAAGAAAAUUUACUGUUCAAUUGUGAAAUCCAUAUUUUUUUUAAUACCAAAUUCAGUGUCAAAGAACUACACCGCUAACAAUUUUAAUUUUCAAGCAAACAGUCUGGUUGUUGGCAAACUUCUGGAAGGUGUCUGCGCCUUACCACUCAUUGAUUGCAACAACGUGUUAACCGCUGUCGGAGGCCCGAAUUGCUGCAUAAAGCCUUCAACAAUUGAUGUACUUUUUGAUCAUACAUUUCAGUCAUCGUCGACAAAGAACUUUGUCCAUUUGUCUCAGAUGGUCAGAGCUAGAAACAUAGCAAAGUAUGACUACGGUGACGAAAGUGAGAAUAAGGCGCACUGCGGGCAGCCCACUCCUCCUCUGUACUAUAUGACACACAUUCCGAAAGACAUUCCUCUUUUCCUUAGUUAUGGAGGGAAGGACACGCUUUCUGACGUAAAUGACGUGCAACUUUUGCUGGAAAACCUUAAAGAUCAUGAGAAGGACAAGCUUGUGGCACAUUUUGAUUUCAUUAUGGCUGAGAAUGCGAACAGAGUAGUAUAUGAUCCUCUGCUGGCUUUCUUUAUGACCCCUUAAUUGUCAGAACUCUUUAGAGAUCCACCGCAGAUAAUUUAUUUUGGUAUGGCCAAAAGUUCCUCAUUUUAGUUGUAGUGGAUCUAACAUUUGAUUUCAGAAGUCUGUGCUUGUUUUUUAGCCAAAGGUUGAAGAUGAGCUGACUAAACGACAUUAGUCCAGCCCCUGUAUAUUUGCUACGACAUGCCAUUCUUACUAUUCAGACUUAUUGAUUUGUCUCACGUACUAAGCUUGUGUAUUAGCAAUACAGGUGUCCUUCGUUGAUAGUA